AUGCGUGUGUCGCAAGCUCCCCUGAGCUCGACGCUCGCCUUCCUGCUCGGCGCGAGCUUGACACAAGCUCAGUACCUCAUCAACGAGCUUAGCUUCGGCUACACUGGCAGCAUAUCGCCCAACAAUGACGGCCACGUGCCCAACUUCGUGCUCCAGGGCCAGCCGAAUCAGCCCGAGAUCCUUUCCAACAAGAUCAUCCUCACGCCCGUCGCGCCCGGGAACCAGCGCGGCUCCAUCUGGAGCACCCAGAAGGUGACGCACAGCACCUUCAUCGCCGACAUCGACUUCCGCGCCAACGGCCCCGAGCGCGCCGGCGGAAACCUCAACAUCUGGCUCACCAACGGUGGCGCCGCCGACGUCGGCAUGAGCUCCGCCUACACGGCGCCGCGCUUCGACGGUCUCGUCCUCGUCAUCGACGGCCACGGCGGCACCGGCGGCAUGGUGCGCGGCUUCCUGAACGACCGCUCGACCGACUACAAGGCCCAGAGCGACAUCAGCCCCCUCGCCUUCGGCCACUGCCAGUACCACUACCGCAACCUCGGCCGCCCCAGCCAGAUCAAGCUGCGCCAGACCGACCGCGUCUUCAAGGUCGAGAUCGACGGCCGCCUGUGCUUCGAGACCGACAAGGUCAAGAUCCCGCCGGGCUACACCUUUGGCAUCACCGCCGCGAGCGCCGACAACCCGGACUCGUUUGAGAUCUUCAAGAUGGUUGUCAUGUCCGACAGCCUGCACGCCAGCGACAACGGUGGUCAGCAAAGCCAGCAGCAGCAGCAGCAGCAACAGCAACAGCAACAGCAGCAGGCCCACGAGCAAAAGUCUACCCAGGGCCAGCCGAACACCAACAACCCGCGCAGCGGCAACGCCGAGCCGAUCGACCUGAACGCCAUCCCCGACUCCAGCGCCGACGCCAUCACGUCGUCCAAGGCGCAGUUUGCCGACCUGCACAACCGCCUGCAGUCGGUCAACCACCAGAUCGGCACCAUCUUCCGCUCCGUCAACCAGUACGGCCAGCAGGCCGAGCACCGCCACGCCGAGACGUCGCAGAUCCUCGACUCGCUGCGCCAGGAGCUGCGCAAGCUCGAGAAGAUCAACGACCUCGAGGGCCGCAUCAACGGCCUCGAGCGCGAGAUCCGCGCCAUGCGCACCGACCUCAACCUGCAGAUGAAGAACACGGAGCACUCCCUCAAGGGCUACAUGAGCGACCACCACGCCACGCUGUCGUCCCACAUCGUCAAGGCCGCCCCCGGCCACGGCAAGCUCAUCGGCGUCAUCAUCGGGUCCCAGGUCGUCCUCGUCGUCGGGUAUAUGCUGUACAAGAGGAGAAAGAACUCGAUGCCCAAGAAGUACCUGUAG